AUGGAUGAAACUGAGACUGAUGCUGCUGCUUGCUGCUGCAGGUUGUCCUGUGACCUGAGGGUGGUUGCACAGCUGAAGUCCCGCACUCUUGGCAACAGUGUCACUCAGCUGUGCAACACCCUGCGGGAGACCCACGCUGACUCCUGGAUGCAGAGAGCGAUCCACUACCUCGGCGUGUGCGAGCAGUUCCUGGCCUUGUGCUCCGUGAGGGGGCAGUUUCCACCACCGCCCCAGAUGCCUCCUCUGCCGUCAGCCGAGUGGCUGCUGAUGGUCUACGGCUACGACGUCCUGAUGCGGCUGGAGGAGUACAAGGCCAGGAUCACAUCCACCUUGGGAUCCAUCAUAAAAAUGGAUUCAACCAAGAAGGUGACAAAGAAGCUUGCAGGUAUCGCCUCAGACACGGCUGCGUGGGUUACCAACGUCGGUAAUGAGCAUGGGCAGGUCCUCAUCAGUGUCCUCACCUGCUCAGAGGGCUCUGAGGGCCUGUCCAGCAUGGUGACCGGAUUGAUGAGGCGAUACCAGCACGCCGGGGUAGCUCCCCCCCAGCUCAUCUACGUAGACCGGGACUGCUGCAACCGAGACGGCGUGUCCAAGACAGCUGCCUUAUUUCCAGAGUGGGGACAGCUGCUGGUGAGACUGGACAUCUGGCACCUGAUGCGGCGCUUCGCAUCAGGUGUCACCACAGAGUCUCACCAGCUCUACCCCACUUUCAUGAGGCAGCUGUCUCAUUGCAUCUUCGAGGUGGACUCUGGAGAUGCCCGCCGUCUCACUGAGGCCAAGCGGUCCGAGCUGGAGGGGAAGCACGGGAUGGUCGGCCUGACGGAUGCCGAGGUGAUCCGGAGGAUCUCCAAGGAGGAGUGGAGGCUCCACUGUCGUCGGUGGACGCGUGGGGCCGAGGAGACCGCACUCCUCAUCCACGAACUCCUGGACACCUUCGGCGGUCCGGCCGGACGCGACACCCUGGACAUCCCGCUGCUAGACGCUCUCCACAUCCAGGACAUCUGGAAGACGCAGAGACGUCACCUCAGCUGCAUUCAGGACCCACCGGGCGUGCAGCUGUACACCCAGACCGGCAGGCUGACACAGGGCGGGGUCAGCCUGCCGGUUUAUCACUGCGCCAGGGGCUCCACGUCCCUGGAAUCCUUCCACCUCCACCUCCACCGGUUCAUCCCAGCUAACUCCUGUCUCUCAGCCUGCAAUACAGAAACAUUAUGUAGUAAGUGUAUGACGAGUGCUAAUACCGUACACUUAAUGUCUGAAUUAAAAUCUGUUUUGUCAGGUAACAGUGCAAGCGCCAAAUACUUCCAGGCAUUCCUGGUUGAUGGACUGGUGAGGUGGAAGGAGGACAGAGCAGCAGCAGCUGCAGCACUGGUUGCAGCUGAGGAACAAGUGGCAUCUCUGCGCUCCUACUGUGGCCACCUCAAGCACAUCCUGAACCAGAAGAGCCAACGGGUGCUUGGCCUUCAGAUGGUUCAGGACUUAACCAGGCCUGCUGCGUACACAGGUGAGCUCUUCGGGGUGGAGUACCUGUACCAGCAGACAGGACGUGUGCUUGAGGAUGUCAGUCUGGACCCUGACACUCCGGACGAGGCUGCUGCCAUCCAGGCGCUGGAGGAGGCGGAUGAGGGGUUCGAGGAUGACGUCGGGGACCCCACGGUCUUCGAGCCAGAGCCCCCCUCCACCAUCACAGCGGCAGCAGCCCGGUCAGGUGAUCCAGCUGACGCACCCAGGUCUGAGCCAUCCUGUCCGGCCGCUCCUGACCAGGACGCCCCUCCUGAGGCCCCUGAAGGACCAACUCCAGCUGCCCCAAACUCCUCCGACUCUGAGGGGCUCUCUGACAGCAGGGUAGACAGGCUCAUUGCACUCUGGCAACGCCUGCCAGAGUGCAACAAGAGGCGAGUAGUCUACCCUGCCAGACACCAGGAGAGGCAGCCCAUGGGGCGGUUCAAGGCAGCGAAGGGGAAGAACACCUCCUGUCCUGGAAAGGAGAGUCUCCAACGCUGCCUGCUCGGACAGAACGCGGGCCCUGCAAACUGGCCCAGCGCCAGUCGCCUGGUCGAGGCCGUUUGCAGCCAGCUCUGCCGUCUCCACCCCGCCACAGCCCGUGUCAGUGGGGUCCCAAAGACCCAGUGGUCCCUGGUCCUCACCGACUACGUGGCCAUCAGAGAGGCAGUGCUGGUGAGCCCGCGUCUGAUGGCUCAGACCACCAUCCAGCUCUUUGAGCUCAACCAGAGGGCCCUCUCUCAGUGGUUCUCCCGUCAUCAGAAGGCCUGGGAGAGGACUGUGCUGGAGCAGGGAACUGGCAUCGUCCCUGCUCCAGCAGUAGCAGAUGAGCCUCUCCCUGCUGCCAAAGGGCUGUCCCUGGUGCAGGUGGGACAGGGACAGCCCUUCCUGUUCCCUGGACCUGAGGAGCAGCCUGGACCAUCAGCUAGAGGUCAGCCAGCCCCUUGUCCUCCUCCUCGUCCUCCUCCUCCUCCUCCUCCGCCGCCUCAUCAGCAUCCUCCAGCCAUCGGCUCUGCUCCUGCAGCCGCUCCUCUUCCUGGACUGACUCAGCUGCCGAGGACGACGGCUUACAGGAAGAGGAAGGCAGCCGAGGCGGCUGCUGCGGCUGCGGCUGCGGGAGAGGGCCCUCCACCACGGACUAAAGCCCGCCGGCAGACUGCACAGUACACCUGCAGUAAGUGUGGCCAGCUGAAACGGCUGGACACUGGCCACACACGCAUUGCAGGUGUGUCCUACUGUGCAGCUGUCGGCGGGAUGACUGUAGAGGAGUGGGGGGAAAAUAUGAAGAGGCCUCCAGAGGAGAAAGGGGACUAA